UGUUCUAUGGCUAACAACAGCAAUCACACAUCAGUGUCUGGAUUUAUCCUCUCGGGGCUCACAGAUAAUCCAGAACUUCAAAUCAUCCUCUUUGGUGUGUUCCUAGUCAUUUACUCAGCUAGUGUCAUGGGUAAUCUCGGACUGAUUGCACUAAUCCAAGUAAGUCCUCAGCUUCACACACCCAUGUAUUUUUUCCUCAGCCAUCUGGCUUUUGUUGAUUUUUGCUUCACCUCCUCAGCCACCCCAAACAUGCUGGUGAAUCUCCUGCAUCAAGUUAAAAGUAUAGCAUUUUUCGCAUGUGCCAUCCAGGUCUGCUGCUUCAUCACAUUUGUAGUCUGUGAACUCUUCUUGCUGUCAAUCAUGGCAUAUGAUCGGUAUGUUGCUAUCUGUAACCCUCUACUUUAUGUCAUUCUCAUGCCUAGGAAACUCUGUGUGCAAAUGGUUGCUGGCACAUACAUCUAUGGAUUCGCGGUGGGUCUAGCACAGACAGUAGCAACAUUCCACCUGUCUUUCUGUGACUCCAAUGUGCUCAACCAUUUCUAUUGUGAUGAUGUUCCUUUAAUGGCUCUGGCCUGUUCUGACACUCACAUCAAAGAGUUGAUGCUGUUAAUCAUCGCUGGGUUCAACACCUUGUGCUCUCUAGUGGUUGUGAUCAUUUCUUACAUCUUCAUCCUCUUUGCCAUCCUGAGGAUUCAUUCAGCUGAAGGAAGACAGAAAGCGUUCUCUACCUGUGCAUCCCACCUGACCUCCAUCACAAUAUUUUAUGGAACAAUUAUUUUUAUGUACCUGCAACCUAAGUCAAGCCAUUCUCUGAACACAGAUAAAUUUGCUUCGGUGUUUUAUGUGGUAAUGAUUCCCAUGUUAAACCCAUUGAUCUAUAGCUUGAGAAAUAAGGAGGUAAAGAGUUCUCUGAAAAGAGUGAUUGAAAAGUUGUGUUUGGUCGUCAAAUAA